AUGAAGGAAGAAGAGAUCGCUGUACUUGGUCCGGAUUGUGAUCCUCCCGAUUCCACCUUGAGAGAUGCUCCUGCAGAUCCUUUUCGAUCAGAUUUAUUGCUAUCCACUAAGACUUCUUUGGCUGGUCCUGAUGACCCCAUGUAUGUGAGGGACAAUACAAAGGAGAUUACAAUGAUGGAAGAUGGCAACAAAGCACCAGCUGAUGAAGACAGUGAUGAUGAUAGUUCUGUGGAUGACCCAUGGAAUGACCCAAAGGAUACUAAUGCGGGUGAUAUGAGUGAGUCUCCCAGCAACUUUCAAUACUCCUUCAACAGUGUUGAUAUGGAAAGAGAUAUCCGAAACAGUGCUAUACAGACCAUUGCUUUUGAGUAUGUUUACAGCGGUGCCUACGAAAUUGUCUACAGUAUCUGUACUUGGCCCAGGCUUCUCCUGAGCUAUUGCUUGAAUUUUUUCCGUUUAGCCAGAAGGGUGGAUGAUCAUGAUGAUGAUGGACCAAUACCACCCCAGAAGGAUGCUCAUGUUAAAGACAUGGCAAUUGCAGCUUCCCAGUCUGCAGCUAUUGGUGCAGGAGCAGGAGUCAUGGCUGGACAGUCCGCUGCUGCUAGAGCGGGUGCUUCGCCCAUGUCGGCUGCUAUCUCUGCUCUCUCAACACCGACCAUGAUCGGGCUUGCUGUAACAGCUGCGAUAGCAGUGGCUGUCUCUACAAACGGAGUUGUCCCAGGAAUCAGCAAUGGUAGUGACAAUAAUACCGAUCGUCCUGGUGGCUGUAAUGACAGUACGGAAUCCAUGGAUCUCAAGGAAGGUGUCCUGCUGGUAGCAUUUUCUUCAUCAGAAUCUAACAGUGAUCACAACAGCACCAGUGUUGCUCCUUCCACCAGUGCAUUGCUGCUAGAGAAUAAGGAAGAAUUGGAAAAUAUUUUUGCUCAGGUUUACAACAACGUCACUGCCAAUUCCACCAAUACAGCAAACGGUCUGGUUGACCCGUGUGAUGUGCCCUACAUUCCAGAGAAUGGUGUUCAAAUGAUGCAGGUUAAGUCAUCUGAAGAGGACAAUUUUACCAAUACCAUUUGGGUUGCAUCUAUGCUGGGAAGCGCCUGCCUAAAUACCGGGAUGCACCGUACUCCCCAGAACUUGUCAGGCUGA